UUCCCCAUCAGUUUUUAAAAGACUAUCCUACCGACAAGAGCACUUCUUCAAUCAGCAUUCUAAAACAUCUGAGCAGUAUGUCAGCAUUCACCUGCACACAGUACCUAAACCUCAAUUCGAAGGACGUUUCGUCAAUGUCCACCACCGUUACAUUAAACGCAGCCUGCUUUGGGCGGCAGGACUUGAACCUAUUUAUUGAGAGUCUAGAAACCAUAUCUCGCCUGGAAAGGGAGAGACACGAGCGACGCCAGCUUCGGCGCGAGCAAAGACUACACCAGGCGCGAAUUACUGAGUUGGCGGACGAACGAUGCUCCAGUCCGACACCCACAGCCGAGGAAGCCGUAGACGAGCCGCUCUUAUAUCUGGAGGCCAAGUGCAUACCGUAUGCGGUUUCUGGCCAUAUUUUUGCACAGGGCGACAACACACCUUGUCCCGAAUACCAUAUGUGUGACGACGAAGCGUACGGAAGUGCUUCGUAUUCAGCACGCAGCAGCGUCACCUACUGUAGCUGUGGCGGAAUCUCCAAUCUGGAUUCAGACAGCGGAGAAUCCGAAGGGAAGAUGAAACCGUUUGUGCAUCCGAGCUCCCAGGCCAAACCAAAGAAUAGGUAUUCUUCAACGCGAUCCCGCAUAAUUAACUUGAUGUUAAAGAGAAAUAGGGCUAAGCCCGCUCUCAUCGAGCAUCUGCAGCGACAGGGACACGGUGACACGUUAUCCAGCGAGAACAUCAGUCACCAGUUCCCACGGCUUACUUCUAGCCAAAAAAGGUCGGCUGAGCAUAGUUUUCUGGAUAAGGCCCUUCGAUAUCUUACAUUAUAAUAAGCUUCUUUGUGUAAAUAUAAUGUUUUAGGUUUGUUUAUAAAAUAUUUCAAUACAUUAAAGUUAAUUGCCAC